AUGUUUUUCCAGCGCAAGAAUUCCAAGAAAGUGAAGAACACCGAUGCAUCAUCGCCCAAGAAGGACAAGGAUAGCCGUGGGAAGAACGACUUGUUGGAUCGCGCCAAGGGAGGGUUUGGUGCCCUUGCAGGAAGCAUGAAAUCAGCCAAGAAUGCUACAGACGCUGAAGAGAGGGCAGCAAAGGUUCAAGAGGAUGUGAACGCCGGCAUUGAAGCAAUCCUGGAGACGGGCUCAGGCAUUCUUGAGAAAGCAAAGGAGGAUGUUGGAGGCCAUUCAGAAACAAGCCGCUCGAAGGAACUAGGUCAAGGAAGUGAAGAAGAAGGAGAGAAGGACAUGGAUGCCUUAAGUUCGAUGCUGGACAAGGCGAAAGACAAGGUGAAAAGCAACCCUGAUGUGAUGGAGAAAGUCAAUUCGGUCCUCGACAAGGUGAAGAACCACCCAGAGGUCAUGGAGAAAGUUGCUGAGGUUUUACAUCUGGGAAAACGUGAAUCCAAAGAGAAAGAACCCGAGCCUGAGGACAAGACAAAAGAAGGCGAGACCUCUGCUGACAAGACUCAAGACUCAAACAUCCUAGACCAGGCCGUGGAAGAAAUUCAGGCUGUUGUGGCAGCUGUGCAGCAGCAGGAAACAACCGGGGAUGAAACUCAAGUUCCAGUCCAGGCUGCUGCUGAAGGAGACGAGCCUGAGCAAGUAAAACGGGAGGUGGAGAAAGACAACCCCAAGAACAGAAUCGACUUCCUUGGCUUCUUCGCCAUGAUCUUUGAGAGGUUCUGCUCCCCAGCUGACAAGAAGAAAGACUAG